AUGUUUGACAGCUCGCAGUACCCCUACAAUUGCUUCAACUACGACGCCGACGACUACCCCGCCGGCAGCUCAGACGAGGAAAAGCGGCUCACGCGGCCCGCGUACAGCUACAUCGCGCUGAUCGCCAUGGCCAUCCAGCAGAGCCCCGCGGGCAGGGUGACCCUGUCGGGCAUCUAUGACUUCAUCAUGCGCAAGUUCCCUUACUACCGCGCCAACCAGCGUGCCUGGCAGAACUCCAUCCGCCACAACCUGUCGCUCAACAGCUGCUUCGUCAAGGUGCCGAGGACCGAGGGCCAUGAGAAGGGAAAGGGCAACUACUGGACGUUUGCAGGCGGCUGCGAGUCGCUGCUGGACCUCUUCGAGAACGGCAACUUCCGCCGGCGGCGCCGGCGACGCGGCCCCAAGCGAGAGGGCCUUAGGACACUACGCACUGAGGCCGCUGAGGGGUCCCUGGGUCCAUCUGAACCCGCCGCGCGCGGGUCUCCGGCCCCAGACGGAGCGCCUGCCCUGGGCCGCGAGGCCCUGGCCCCCGCCGGCCCUGCCGCCCUGGGAAAAGAGGGCCACAGAGACAUCAAGUUCAGCAUCGACUACAUCCUGUCCUCUCCAGACCCUUUUCCAGGGCUCAGGGCUCCCUGUCUCAUGCAGGAGGGGAGCUUCCCCCGCUGGAGCCCCAGCAAAUGA